GAAAUGACUGUUCAGGGCUCUUGCUUCAUCUGGUUUAUGCAGACUGAACCUUGCUAUGGUGCAGACUUGGGAGGACAGGAACAUUUCUCUCAGAAGAGCUUCACCUUUGUAACAAAAUAAAAAUGACAACUUCAUCUAUUAGGCGGCAGAUGAAGAACAUUGUGAACAAUUACUCAGAGGCUGAAAACAAAGUCCGGGAAGCCACCUCCAAUGACCCAUGGGGCCCGUCCAGCUCUCUGAUGACCGAGAUCGCUGACCUGACCUACAAUGUGGUGGCCUUCUCGGAGAUCAUGAGCACGGUGUGGAAGCGGCUUAAUGACCAUGGCAAGAACUGGCGGCACGUGUACAAGGCACUGACGCUGCUUGACUACCUUAUCAAGACAGGCUCCGAGCAGUGCCGUGAGAAUAUCUUCGCCAUCCAGACCCUGAAGGACUUCCAGUACAUUGACCGCGAUGGCAAAGACCUGGGCAUCAAUGUGCGCGAGAAGUCCAGGCAGCUGGUGGCCCUCCUCAAGGAUGAAGAGCGGCUGAAGACUGAAAGGGCCCCGGCUCUCAAAACCAAAGAGCGCAUGGCCCAGGUGGCUACUGGCAUGGGCAGCAACCAGAUCACUUUUGGUCGUGGCUCCAGCCAGCCCAACCUCUCCACCAGCUACUCAGAGCAGGAGUAUGGCAAGGCCAGGGGCUCCCCGGCCUCCUAUCAUGGCUCCACCUCCCCGCGGGUGUCCUCUGAGCUGGAGCAGGCCCGGCCACAGACCAGUGGAGAAGAGGAGCCGCAUCUGCAGCUGGCACUUGCCAUGAGCAGAGAAGUGGCCGAGCAGGAAGAACGCCUCAGGAGGGGUGAUGACCUGAGAUUGCAGAUGGCGCUGGAGGAAAGCCGGAGAGACACUGUCAAGGUUCCAAAGAAGAAAGAGCCAGGUUCCCACCCCCAGCAGACUACCCUGUUGGAUCUAAUGGAUGCCCUCCCCAGCUCCGGUCCUCCUGCUCAGAAAACUGAGCCCUGGGGACCAGGGACCUCUGCUAAGCAGACCAACCCCUGGAGUGGACCGGUGGCUCCUCCUGCAAGCACUUCGGACCCCUGGCCAUCAUUUGGUGCCAAGCCUGCCACCUCUGCAGACCCGUGGGGCAUGCCCACCACAGCCAGCUCACAGUAUGCCCCCAAGAGCUCAGAUCCCUGGGCAGCUUCGCAGCAGCUUGUCCCCAGUGCUGAGAAAACUGUGGAUGCUUGGGGAGCUGCCAAGUCCAGCUCUGCUUCAGGGUCCUUUGAGCUGCUUGGUAAUCUCAAUGGUACAACUAAAGAUGACUUUUCUGAAUUUGACAACCUUCGAACAUAGAAAAAGACAGCCAAGCCAGGGGCCUCUGUGCCAUCCCAGGAUAGCGGGACCACAAGCCCUGAUGCCUUUGAGUCUCAGCCCCUGACUUCUGCCUCAAGCAAGUCCAGCAGUGCCCGGAAAACCCCAGAGUCCUUCCUGGGUCCUAAUGCAGCCCUGGUGAACCUUGACUCGUUGGUGACCAGGCUCACCCCACCGGCCCAGUCCCUCAACCCUUUCUUGGCACCAGGUGCCGCAGCCCCGGCCCCCGUCAACCCCUUCCAGGUGAACCAGCCCCAGCCAUUGACGUUGAACCAACUGCGGGGAAGCCCAAUCCUAGGGAGCAGUGCAUCCUUUGGGUCUGGACCAGGGGUAGAACCCAUGGCUGCUCCCAUGACCUCUGUGGCCCCAAACCCAGCUCUGGGGGCCAGUGGUUCCUCAUUGACACCACCAGGCCCUAUGGCAAUGAACUUGGUAGGCAGUGUGGGCAUUCCUUCGUCAGCAGCUCAGGUCACCGGCACAGCCAACCCUUUCCUUCUCUAG